CCCGACUUCCUGCCAACCUUCACAUUCUUAGAGAACUGAUAUACAGGACAGCGUCUCACUAACCAGUGUCGCGCUUACAUUUCACACCCGCAAGAUGGCAGCGACUGCCAAUCACCGCGCCAAAGGCACCCGCGUCAAGGAGCCACGCGUCAAUGGAACGACUGCCAACGACAAGGAAAACGUCUCGCGGCAGAAGGUGAAGAAACAGAAGAAGCGCAAAGAGGCUUACAACGUCAAUGCUAUCUUCGACCAGGCCGAACGUGAGCGCAAGAAUGCUCACCGCGAGAGCCCUCGUGAUGUCCUUUCACCAAAGUUCACUGGUGUGGAGAAAGCGUCCCUCGGCAAGUUUGGAGUGUUCUCUCGCGUGAAGCAGAAGGCAGAGACGGGCGCGAGGAACCAGUCGGUUUCCACUCCCGAUGUAGAGGCCUUACAUGACUUCGCCAAGCAGAAGAAGGGCCUGCCGCAGUCCUUCGGUAUUGUUGAGACUCUCGAGCCGUACAUUCAAGAAAGCACUUCAGCUUGGGCACGCAAAAUGGAAGACUCUCGCAAGCAACUGGACGCAGCACGAAAUGGCGUAGAUCCCGCGACCGGCCGCUCACUGAACAAGUCUGGUGUUCCCAGCCGAGAGGAUUUUGAUGCUCUCGCUCAAGAGAUCGAGGAGACCAAUCGGCCGUUCGAAGACGGACAUCUCAUGAUGCGAUUCAAGAAUCCAGACGACCCAGCGAAUCACAUCAUCAAGGAAGUACGCAUUGGGGACAUCACUGACAGAUUCUUCAAACGCUGCGCUCAGCACAAGGUCAAGCAAAAGCAACUGGACGAAGAGCAUGAAGCCAUCGAGGAAGAAAUCGCCCAGCUGAAGCAGGAAAUCAUCGACGAUGCUGCCAAGGCUGCCAAAGACAUGGAGAAGCACGCGAGGGCUCUCGAGGAGGAAGUCGCAGCGAUUGAGGCCGAUGCCAAGGCUGAACGCGCUGAGCUGAAGGAACAGCAGAAGAAAAAUACUGCCUUGCUGAAUAAGAAAAUUCAGGAGCUUGUCGACAUGUUCUGA